AUGCAAUACUUAUUGAUACUUUUAUCCCAAAUUGUAUGUACCAAUGAAAAAGUUGAUGAACGAGCAUCAAGAAGUUGUGGAGGCAAUGUUAAUCCAGUAAUCGACCCAUUAAUGAAUUCUAGUGAUAAGGAUUCAGAACAAUCGCAUUUGUAUAUUAUGAACGGGUUAGUGGCAUUAUUACAACAACAAGAAUUGAGAAUGAAAAAAAAGGAUUUGGAGAUUAAAGAGCUUAAAAGAUCUAAUGAAGACAAACAGGAUCGCAUAAAUACGUAUAAAAUUAUGUUUGAGCAAAAUACAGGACUUGAAAACGAACUUAAAAAAAGGAAGGAAAUCCUAUCUGAAAAAGACUUUGAAGAAUACAAAUCUAUUUGGUAUGAUGCGCUUAGAGCUAGAGAUAAUUGUAUUGAACAACUUUUAAAUAAAAGCGAAAAGGGAAAAAAGAGCAAACUUGAAUUACUUAAGGGAUGUGAAAAUUUGUUUAAACAUUUACGAAAUAAAUUUGAAAAUGAUUCUAGUGGGCACGAGCAAGACGAUAAAACAGCGAGCUCAUUAAACGAUUUGUCAGAUGUUAAUUGCAGCAAAUCGCAUUCUGGUCCAGAUAGUUCGCAAAGUAUGGAAACUAGUGAAAAUCAAGGAAAUACAUUUGUAUCUGAAUUAAGGGCAAUGAUUAAAGAGUCUUUCAACAAUUCUGUGGAAGAGUCAAAUCUGAAGGUAGAUUCUGAUGAAUUUUUUAGCCUUGAUACUUUGUACAAGGCUUUAAAAAAAAUUCAAAUUGAAAAAUCAUUGAAAUGUAGUAAAUUGCUACAUAGUCGUCGCCGUAGUAAUCAAACAGACGGAAAUUUUGAAGAAGAAAAUGAAGGAAGCUCGGCUUCAAAAAAAGCAAAGAACAGCCAUUAA